AUGUCGUUAUCAUACCAAACCCAAAGUUGGGAUCCACAAGCGCUCAGCACGGGCCUAACGCUGCGUUUGGCCAAAGAUCCGGAAACGGCCAUCGUCGUCAACAACGUCACGCAAGAACGGUCCGCCAAACGUAACGCGCAGCAGAUCAACUAUGCGGAGUUCGAGCAGCCAGCAGAGGAGUUCGAUAUGGAGGAAGAAACGGCCGCCAACGCGGCCAAUCCCAUGGCCAACACCCACAACGCGCUCUCGGUGCAGAAACACAUGUUGAAGCCGGCACGGCUCGUGUCGUUGGCCGAAGAUAUGGCUCCAUCCGAGCUGCAGCCAGCCGACAGUAAUACCCUUAUACCCAUCAAGUUGAGCAUCGAGUAUAGCGGCGGCAGCAUGAAGCUUGUAGAUCACUUCAUGUGGAACCCGCUGGAUCCGUACUUGACGCCGUCCCGGUUUGCUGCGCUUCUCGUGACGGAGCUUGAGUUGCCGUUGCUGAUCCAGUCGGAGAUCGUCAGCAGCAUCAACAAGCAGAUCGAAGAGAACCAGGCCGUGACCAACGCGCAAUUGCCGGACAACGAGUACCAUGUCAUUGUAGAUCUUUCGGUGAACCUCAACCGUAAAUUGUACGAGGACAAGUUUGAGUGGGACCUCAAGCAGACCGACAUCACGCCCGAGGACUUUGCCGACAUCUUGGUGGCCGACAUGGGCCUCUCGUUGGAGUUCCGUACCGCCAUCGCGCACAGCUUGCACGAGAUGAUUCUCCGAUUGAAGAAGGACUUGUUGGAGGGCUCGUACAACCUCGAGAUGCACAAGCACCAGCAAUUGUCGGGGCUCAUUUUCGAGAGAAACAUCCGUAUCCGAACAGACAGCAGCAUCAACAACGGCAAUGCGACCUGGGAGCCCGUGAUCGAGGUCUUGAGUCAGUGGGAGAUUGAGAAGAGAGACUUGGAGCGUGAGAGAAACUUCAGACGACUCAAGAGAGAAAACAUGAGACGCGAUUUCGACGACCUCAACCCGUUCAAGAGACGCACGAUCAUCAGAAGACGCGCGGACGAUCUUUUGUGA